AUAUAUGCAGAUCUAUUGAUUCAAAACUCUGCAGGAAUCUGACCUUCUGAAGAUUUCAUUCCAGAAAUGGCCAGCUCAUCCAAAGAUUUGGACAAACCUAAUACUCCGUCACCAGUGGCUUGCGUCAAAAAUGGAGAAGGUUUUCUGAUGAAAAGUCCCACGGGAGAGAUAAUUAAAAUCAACACUCCGGAAAAAAUACAUAUCAAAAAGGCAUCUGUAGUGUUAGAAAAGUUAGGAGAGGGAGAUAUACCAAAAUGUAUCCCUUCAGGUGUAGAAAAGUCCCCUAGCAACAAUACACCUUCUGCAAAAUCUUUUCCAUUUACAAUAGAAUACAAAAUUAAGCACAACUACAGCGUGAAUAAAUCCACCAGAAACAGCGUUAUCAGUCCUAGUAAGCCAGGGUCUAUAGAUGACCAGAAAACAACGGCCAAAGGAACUUGUUCAAACAUAGGAAAUGACGCAAUCAAGCCGUCAACAGACCUACAACAAAACCCCCAAUUUAUCAAUGCUUUUUCGAAUGAGAAAAUUUCUCAAAAGCAAAAAAUUGCCUCUGGUCUAAAUAUGUCGUCAGUAACCAUCAAACAUGAAGAUAGUCUUUGCACCAGAAAUUACAUCUCAAGAGAAAAGUACAAAAGUUCCUCCUCGCUGGAAAAUCAUUCUAAUUACGAAGAGAAAAUAAACAAAUCAUUCAUAACGGAUAUGGUAACAUCUCCGAGACUAUCAUUGGGUGCAAAAAUGAAAAAUGAUUUAGUAUCAACAGACACAAGUCCCCCAAAACAAAAGACGAAAUUAAUGCCUACCCAUCUUUCUCUGAUAAAGCUCUCAGAUGUGAAGCGUGAUUUAGAAAUACAGGACUAUAAACCGGCUCUUCAGAGACUAGAAGUGGUUGGAAAAACAAAUACUCCAGGUAAACUGGAAGGAGAGUCAGUUUCCCCUCUGAAAGAAGCCAGAAACCACUUCACUACCAAGCUAAACAAAAUCUCAAACGAGUCUGCUGAAAUCCCUCCUCUAGAUAAAGACGUAAUGCAAGUGAAAAAGUGCAAAGUUGCCCCGACCAUCCUUUCUCAUAAUAAAUCAAAGACAAGACCUCCAACUGUUCGGGAACUUCUUCAAAAGAAGGAAGAAAUGGAAAUAAAAGAGAAACUUGACGAAGAAAUUAUUUCCAAAGAUUUUUCAAAUGAAGAUACAAAACAGAAAAGAAUUAAGAACACGAUCACACCCCAGAAAAGCAUACCUGGAAAGAGGACUUCUGUUCCUUUGAUGGUGGAUCUAAAAGGUGUAGAUGAUCAUCAUGCGAAGGACGAACAGCAAGAAGCAUCACUACAGAAGAGCCAGAAAUCUUUGACAAGGAGAUAUAAAAACACACGCUACACCAUACCCUAUCGUGGUCCUUCAAUCAUCGUUCCAAAAAAUUACGAUGCACUCAUCAGAGCAACAAAAUCGAAGCUUGAAAACUCAGCGGUGAAAAUAUCAGAAAUGUCAGAGGAUAAAAGUAAAUCAAUGAGGCAGAGAUACAAAAAGACAGGUAAAAUUACGACCACACCACUAGUAUCAAAAACUUCGGAGUCACUGAUUGAGGUAUCGCCUGGUAUCCAUACCAUGAAGGAAACCAAAGGUCUUCUUAAUGUACGUAGUAUGCCAGCCAUGCAAAGGCCUAUUUGUAACUCCUUCGAAUGUAAAGCAACUUCAUCCAGAACACCAUCUGUAUCACCGACUAAAAACUUUUCUACAUCAUACGACAAGCUCCCGGGACUAGAAAAGCAAAGUUCUGAUGAAGCAAGUUUGCAAUUUUAUUCAAUUCAAUCUACAGAAAGAGUUCGAGACCUUGUGACUGAGCAAAAUUAUUUAGAUACGGUUAUGACGAUGUCAGAAUACGAAUCGUUUAAAAACUACCAGAUGUCACCUCUUAAAACCAUGCACCAAAAGGGAUGUUUCACCAAGAAAAAAGCCGAGAAGACAUCAAGCUCUGGGAUUUCGCGUCCGUGUUGUAACAAACUUCCUCAAACAAAGAAUGAACCAAUGCCAAAUAAUAAUGCACAAAAUUCAAGUACGGGAUUAGAUAAGCCGUUGACCUAUUCAGUUCCAAGUAAUUCGCCUUUUAGACAAAGUCCAGCUCCACCUGAGAAAGAUUGUAGUGGAUGCUUUUACUGUGAGUACGAACGGUUGAUGAGGAGUAUUGAUAGUGAUUCUCUCAGUGAAAAUUCUCAAGACAAAUCAGACCACGAUUACACAAAACCGCAUGCCAACACAGCUGAAAAUUGUAAAAACCCCAUUGCAGAAUUCAAACGGUCGGUGGAAAAUUUGAACUUACCUAUGCAAUUGCACUCAGACGAAUCAUACAAUACGCCAAAAGAGCUAUUAGGAAAAAUGCCAUUUUAUACUUUUCAGUUGGGCGAUAAGAUAUUACUGAUGCCUUAUUCCGUUGCUAAUUCUAAACCACAACAUCCUACAAAGAGAAACCCAAAGCAAGAAACGAAGGAACAGAAGAAAACCACAAAUGAUGAAAUGGAUGGAGCUGUUAGUAAGAAAAAACGCACAAGAAAAACUACUGCUCCAAAGAGGAACAACUUCAAAAACAUUUGCAAAGACCAGCUGAAAUUUUCGAAGAUUCUGGAUUUGAUUCCGGCGAAAGAAAGAGCACCGCAACCUAAAUCUCUCGAAUUGGUAGUAGAUUUUUUGAAUGGAGCUGGUAAAGGUGAAGAUAUUCGAGUGUAUGCACCUGUCCUUCACAUAGAGCGCAGUACAGAUGACGUUUACACGCAUAUUUCUACCGUUGCAUGUUUCAGGAUAAAGAACGGAUCAGACGCAGGAUUAAAGCGCUGGAAUGACUUCGAUGAUUAUCCUGUACGUUUGACAAUGGAUACUGUGUCUGGAGCUAUAACUGAAAUUGAAGUCGACACUAAUCUUCAAGGUCUGUACAAGGUCAUAAAAACAGGACAGCAAUCCGAUACCAAUGGUACUUUCAAAUCGAUAGCUAUCCUUUCCGCUGUUUUACCAAAUGUUUCGACCAUAUUAAAUGCUUCUAUGUUUUUGGCGAUUGGACCUUCCAGUAGCUAUCAUGAAAACAACUGCACGGAACAACCUGCAAAUAUCCAGAAGUAUAAAAAUAUACAGUAUCUGCUGACCUCCAUUGAGAAUCUGCUAAAUCAGCCAGUAGAAGACCCAGUGGUUAGCUAUAGUGACCAGAGUUAUAGACCAAAGUGUCAUUCUCCUAGCUGGUACCAGGGGCAUAAAUUUGAUGCCUUUACACGCCUUUAUCAUCGUCAAAGGAAAUUCAAGACAACAGGUGCCAAAACAUCAGAUUACGAUUUCUUUAUUCCUUCUUGAAGAACCGAUGUAAAGAGAAUUUUUUGUAAUGUAUUUGAACAUUAUACAAGUAUGUGAAAAGUUUGACUUGAACCGUAUUAGAGUUAAUUAUAUUGACAUGUACAGCUGUAUACCACUAAGAUAAUGUACCUUCUUUAUUUUUAUGUAUUUAAAUUAUUGUUGCAAAGAUUUUGCAGUUGGUUAUAUUAUUAAGUUUAAAGCCUUUUACGAUAUAGAAUUAAAGAUUUUUAAAGCACAGAUCCUCGGACCCAAGUGACAUAUUUGACGGCUACUAUUAUUAUUUAAAUAAACUGAGGAACAUGAUGCUGAAGUUUAUUAGAAUUACGCACUAAAAUUUUCUCUGCAUUUGUACAGUGUUUAUAAUUAGUUUAAUAAGUGUGACAUUUACCAUAUUAAGCAAUGAAACCAAGCUGUUUGUUUAAACCAAUGUGAUAUGUUAAUAUUUUUUUUUAAAAGUUCUAUGUACAUGUAAUUCUCUGUUUUUUAAAUGUCAAUGUCAUAUUUAAUCCAUUAUUCCAUCUGUUAUUUAAUUGUUAAAAAAU